AUAUUGCUUUUAAUUACAAAACCAAAACCAAGUCAGCUAGGCAAAACACGUGCGGUUUUUUAUUUGAUAUAUUUAAAAAAAAAGUAUUUCAUUUUCCAAAUAAUGGGUAAAAUCAAGGUGGAAAAACCCGACAAUGAAAUGGAUGUUUCGAUCGUUAAAGAAGAGGAUACUUACGACGAUAAAUUGAGGAAUGCCAAUGCAAUUUCUCAACCAAUGGCAUCCAGGAAAUUAACGAAGAAGAUUCACAAGCUCAUCAAAGAGGCCUCGAAACACAAAACCUAUCUGCGCAACGGACUAAAAGACGUUCAAGUACGCCUUAGAAAAGGAGAAACCGGAUUAGUUAUCUUUGCUGGAGACGUAACUCCAGUAGAAAUAAUGUGCCACUUGCCAGCAGUGUGCGAAGAACGCAACAUUCCCUAUUGUUACACCCCAAGCCGUAAAGACUUAGGUGCAGCUAUGGGCGUAAAACGCGGUACGGUAGCCAUGCUAGUACGAGAGCAUCCAGAAUAUCAGGAAAUGUUUGAUAAACUAAAAGUAGAACUCACAGCUCUUCCGAUUCCUUCCUAAGCUUGGUAAGCAUUUCUCGCCUUUUAAUUCUCUACCCUUUGUUUUAUGAAGUACACCGACGUGUAUCCAUCGCGAUUAAGUUUAGUUUUUAGUAAGCUAAAGUCAAUAUAGAUUUAAACACGACUUCUAAAGAUGUGAGGUUGUAAAGUUUUA